AUGUCUGCCACUAUUGAGAAAACUGCCAUUCUAGCCAAGUACCUGGACCUCGACCAGCGCGGCGCCGUUAUCGCGGAGUACGUCUGGAUCGACGGUACCGGUAACAUCCGCUCCAAGGGCCGCACGUUGCCGCGCAAGAUCAACAGCCUGGACGAGCUGCCCGAGUGGAACUUUGACGGUUCGUCGACGGGCCAGGCGCCCGGCCACGACUCCGACAUCUAUCUGAAGCCUGUGGCGUUCUACCCAGACCCAUUCCGCAAGGGCGACAACAUCCUGGUGCUCGCCGAGUGCUGGAACAACGACGGCACCCCCAACAAGUUCAACCACCGUCACGAGGCCGCCAAGCUGUUCGAGGCGCACAAGGACGCCGACAUCUGGUUCGGCCUGGAACAGGAGUACACUCUGUUCGACGAGAACGACCAGGUGUACGGGUGGCCUAAGGGCGGCUACCCCGCUCCCCAGGGUCCUUACUACUGCGGUGUCGGUACCGGCAAGGUGUACGCCCGUGACAUGAUCGAGGCCCACUACCGCGCGUGCCUGUUCGCCAACCUGCGCAUCUCCGGUAUCAACGCCGAGGUGAUGCCUUCCCAGUGGGAGUUCCAGGUCGGUCCUUGCACCGGCAUCAGCAUGGGCGACGAGCUGUGGAUGGCUCGUUACCUGCUGAGCCGUGUGGCCGAGGAGUUUGGCGUGAAGAUCUCGCUGCACCCUAAGCCUCUCAAGGGCGACUGGAACGGCGCGGGCUGCCACACCAACGUGUCGACCAAGGAGAUGCGUCUGCCAGGCGGCAUGAAGUACAUCGACGACGCCAUCGACAAGCUGUCCAAGCGUCACGUCGAGCACAUCAAGCUGUACGGUGCCGACAACGACCUGCGACUAACCGGCCGCCACGAGACCGCUUCCGCGACCACCUUCUCGUCCGGUGUGGCCAACCGUGGUGCCUCCGUGCGUAUCCCACGUUCCGUGGCCAAGGAGGGCUACGGCUACUUCGAGGACAGAAGACCUGCGUCCAACAUCGACCCUUACCUGGUGACAGGUAUCAUCUGCGAGACGGUCUGCGGCGCCAUCGACUCUGCGGACAUGACCAAGGAGUUCGAGCGUGAGUCCAGCUGA